AUGGAUACUUUGAAGGAUGUUCCCGAGUUUUUCGAAACGCAACUUGAUGAAUCUUUAAGUGCAAGAACCGAAAGUCUAGCAUCUUUUCGCGAAUUAGGUCCUCCUGAUCUCUGCCAUAUAACUAAGGCAAAUUCUAAACCUGGGGUGAAGGAAAUUGGGUCUUAUCAUUAUGUAUCAGGUGUUGAUGCAUCAUCUUCGGCUACAUUAGCUGCUUAUCUAAACUCUCUCACCUAUGCUCUGGAAGAAACUCAUGCUUGGUUUUCAAAAUCAGCAGCUUGGAGAAUUCGAUCGGGGGUAUAUUGUUGCUUUAAUGCAUUCUCUCGAGUUGAUGUUAGAGUUGAAGUUAAGAUCCCUGGGGGUGUAGAAAGUUAUGUGGUAGACUUGCGGGGUGAAAGACAUGAAGCAACUCCAGAAGUGUGGCAAGAAACUUAUAUUUCGGCAAUCCUUCGCUCUAUUCUCUAUUCCGAUGAUGCCAACUAUCGAUUGGCUGGUUUCCGUAAAUUAGAUCCUAUUCCUAAUCUGGAAGCUGAAAAUCAUUUUUUAGAAGCAGCAGAGAAUCUCUUUUUCAAAGGAUGGCAGUUAGGCUCUGAUCCCGAGAUUCAAGUCGCAAAUGUAGUGAGCAACCACUUAACCGCCGGAAUUAUGAAAUAUUUUAAUCCUGAAGUAGCGGCUUUGUUAGCGCAAUCUUAUAUCGGAAUGGAUGAGGAAAUCAAGGGUGUUAAUAUUCUAUAUGAUGCUUUGAAACAGAAUCCGAUGAGCUAUGCUUUAUUACAUGUUCAAGCAGAUUUUUUAUUAACAAAGGGCCGAACCGAAUAUGCGCUCAAACUUGCUAAACAAGCUGUGAAUGCUGCGCCUUCAGAAUUUGUGACAUGGGCAAAAUUGACCGAAGUGUAUAUAGAACUUGACGAUUAUGAAUCGGCGUUAUUGACAUUGAAUUCUUGUCCCAUGUUUACCUAUAACGAAAGAGACAUGCAUCGCAUGCCAACCCCUGCAAAAACCCAUCUUCCAAUUAAAACAGAGAUAGCAAAUGCUGGCCUAGAUGAAGAUAAUGGACGUGAUAAUGAGGUUGAUGUCGCUCUAAUGCGUUUACCAGCGCCUUCUCUACGUGGUACUUUUGCGAAGGCUUAUUCAUUAUUGACCCGCUUAGUUUCCAAGAUUGGAUGGGAUGAGCUUUUGAAAUGCCGAUCAUCAGUUUUUGUAAUGGAGGAAGAAUACAGAUUACAAAAAGCAGCUGAAGAAGAACGACAUAAACAAAAUCAAAAACAAAUUGGCAUUAAUCAAACUCGCAUCUCUGACUUAACAGAACUCAAGAAAGAUCAAGAAGUUGUAAAUAAAAGGCAAACAAAUAGAGUUGACAAUACCGAAAAAUUACCGAAAAUAAUCGUAUCUAAUGAUACUGAAGACAAUCAAGCUAUAAAUGAUGGAAAUGCUCCCGCGCAAGCCGAAAAUCCUAAUAUCGAUCAAUUUAAUGUUAAUGAGAAACAUGCUAAUAAUGUCGAAGAUAAUGCAGAAAUAAAAACUUCAGAAGCGCCUGAUGAAAAAGAACAGCAAUCAACCAAUGAAUCAGAAUCUAUACCAAAAGAAAACAAUCCAACAGAUCCAGAGACUCUAGACGAUGACGAGAAAACGGAAAUAUCGGGGGAAAAUGAUGCGGAAAAUAAUAAAGAAAAUGACCCAGGGCCAAUUCCUUUCAAAGGACCUGAAUUAGAAAGACCAUCUCAAGCAGCCAACGAGGAAAAAAAUGAUGCCCAAAGUCAACAUGAUGAGCAGAACAAGGAUGCGGUAUUAAAAAAGGAUUACGCAUUUUCUUUUAAUAAUAAGCGAUUAUGUGAAAGAUGGCUUGAUAAUUUAUUUAUGGUUUUGUAUGAGGAUCUAAGAGUAUACACUGUAUGGCGUUCUGAAGUUUCUCAUUAUAAGGCUCACCAGCUAUUAUAUCGCAAAACUGGAACGGAAUGGGAAAUCUUGGGUGAUUUGGCUUCUAGAUUACAUCAUAAGGAAGAAGCGAAAGAGGCCUACCAACGAUGUCUUGAUUUUAGAUUUUCAGCUAAGGCGUGGCUGAAAUUAUUGGAGUACCAUGCAGAAGAAGGGGACGUGCAACAUACUCUGGGUGCAGUAGUAAAAUUGACAAUCUAUUAUGAACGAUGGUAUCAUGAAAUUAUUUAUCCAACAAUUGUUGGAUAUAAUCUCAACAAACUGAUACGAAACGAAGGACUAUCCAAGAUACAUUAUAAUCUCAUAUCAAUGAAAUUAUCGCCACCUAUAUCUAAAUUGGUAUCAAAAUAUAUUACUCUUGCCGAAACAUUCAAAAUACCAGGAUCAGAUUUCUAG